GUCUAUCUUGGUUGCGGAAAACAGCAGAUGGCAGCACGAUUUCUGUAAAAUGACAUUUGUCAUGUUUUUAUGAAAAAACAUCUUAUUUGGGUUCGUGAUCUUGUGGAUGUUGGUUGUGUAACAGGUGUAAGCCUGUCAACCACUGAGCAAGGGCACACUUCAGAGGAAUGUCUGACACAGAGGAAGGACAACAAAGUGCGAAAUUAGAGAACAACACACCAUCAGAAAGAGUUGAGGGUGCAUGUGGUGGUGAGUCAGGGUUACGUCCGAGUACACCAUUUAGUGAAAAUGAUGACAAUUUAAGCAUGGAAGUACGAUUUAGUGAAGGAAGUUCUCAUCACGCAAGUGACAUCUCUUCUGUAUCGUAUCAAAAUCUCCUUGAUGACGACACAACUGCGGCGGACUUGUCAAGACGUGGCAGCGAGGACAGUGUUGACUCUUACCUACAUGAGUAUAGUGAUGAUAUCCCUAGAACAGGUGACAUUAAUCUACCUAGCCAAGACUCUAGAAGCUACAGUGACAAAAUAAAUGAAAGAAUCUCAAUUCAGUUGACUGAAGAAGACAUAUGUCUCAAGAAGGAGGAUUAUGAAUUUAUGAAAAGUUCACAAAGUGUUAAAAGUGAUCCUGGACCUGACAUGAAAGAGAAAGAUUAUCAACUAAAGUAUGUGAAAUCUAGCUCCAUGAAUCCACCAAUGUCUGUUCAUGAUAGCUUUAGAAAGCAUGAACUUGUUGUAACAAUGAGAGAUCAAGGGAGGAGCAAAUCUUUACCACCGAAUGAAGGUGAUAAACAGGUAGAGAAAAAACGAAAUAGUUUAGAAAUCCGAAACAAUAUUCCAGUUGCAGGAGAGGUAAAAAAUUAUGAGAAGGACAUUCAUAUAGACAAUGUUUUAUUUAAUAGUCAUGGUGCGAUGCCAAAAAUUAGGAAACAGUCACCAGGGUUGGCAUGUAGAGUAGAAGAUAAACAAAAUAACAUUCAUAAAAUUUCAAACACUGAAAAUCCUACCAUGAAAAUGGACAGCAAUGCUACACAAAUUAUAAAUGACUUGAUACAAGUCUCUAAAGCAAAUGCUGCAGCUCUAAAUGCUGCAAGUAAGAGGACCAAUGGAAAAGAUGAACCGGAAGAUACUUCAAGUGCAAUAUCUCAGAACGGUUUGGCAGCCACACAGCCGCCAGCUGAUAUUAUAAAUGAGUACGAGUAUGUAAAAUAUUCUAGAAUACAAGAAGGUAACUCAUAUGUUGGUAUGAGAUUAGCCUAUAGUAGUUCAGAGUCGGAUAGUCAGUGUCAAAGAUCUGUUGAGGGCGUAGAUGAUCUUCGCGAAACUACUCGCAUUGAAUUAACUGAUCUGGAAGCAUAUAACAGGCAACACAGUCCUGAGUCAAACUCUUUACAGAAUUGCAUAAAUGAAGAUACGUUGACAGAAAUACCGCUGAAUGGACCUGAAAAUGUUGCAAUAGGAGAGGAUGGUAAAUUAUUUACUUUGUCCCCCGAGAAUACUGAAUGUGAUAGUGUAGAGAUCGAAAGUGUUGUAUCAGAUGGUGAUAACGAAGCUGUUGGUAUGCCAAAUGUAGAAGAUGGUUUGUCAAGUAGUCAGACUAGUGACACUGAAGAUGUGAAAUCAGAACAUAACACACCUAAAAAGAUAUUGCAGAAGAAACAGCAAGAAGAGUUAGAGAAGAAGUUAUAUAGCUUAGAAUGUGCAACAAUGAAACCAAAAGAGAUGGAUGCUGAAGCUAUUAUGGAUGAUUUGAAAAUGAAGCGGGAAGCAUUGGAUCAUGCAAUAUCAGAGAUAAAAUCAGCAAUUCAGAAAAGCAAGGGAGUGGCCCUGGAGGCCCCUACUGAGGAAUCCCAGGAAGAUCCAAUCUGGAUUAAAAGGGAAGAGAACCAAGUGAUACCUAAAGGAGGGUCUACGUACGAGGUGGUCAAUGGCAGAGACAAUCUGGAGCAUAGACAACAGUCAGAACUGAGCAGGAAAGAAAAUGAGCAUGUUUAUCAGAUGGAGAAUGAGAAGGACCGUCUGUUAGGAGAUCAGUACACAAGACAUGAUGGGAAAAUAUAUACUACCCCAAAAGGCUACGACAGUGAUGACGAAUAUGACGACGAUGAUGUACGCUACACACGGAGAAAUCGAGGAAAGAAGUACUCACAACUAGCGAAAGAUGAUUCCCAGGAUUAUACGUGUCAUAGCCAUUAUACGGAUAAUGACACGUCUCAGUUACGAGUAGAUAGUGUCAGUAUGUACGGCGAUACAAACUCGUACACAUUCACUCAAGAUAGUCAUAGUGAUCGUAGAAACUCGGAGUCACUUGCGUCUUCGGAAGAUUUCAAUAGUGAUUCUGAUAUAACGACAAAACAUGCCUACGUUCGAUCACGGAAAGAAGGAGAUUUUGACACUGAUGAAGAAACUGACCAGUUGCUAGGGAAACAGUAUCUUGGUAACCAGUAUGUAGAUAUUCCAGAAUUAAGCCAGCCUCCAGUCAACAGAAGUGCUCAGGCAGAGAAAAGAAAAUCCCGUGCUAAAGAAGUUCAACUCAAUGACCCUGAUAAUCCUUCAGUUCUGAUUGAGGGUGUGUUGUUCCGGGCACGAUACCUUGGGUCCACACAGCUAAUCUCAGAAGGUCAACCUUCAAAGGCUAUGAGAAUGAUGCAAGCUCAGGAGGCUGUAGGCAGAAUAAAGGCUCCUGAAGGAGAGAACCAACCCAGUACAGAAGUGGACUUGUUCGUGUCUACAGAGAAAAUUAUGGUGCUCAACACAGAUCUUCAGGAGAUUAUGAUGGACCAUUCCUUGCGAACAAUCUCAUAUAUUGCUGACAUUGGUGAGAUUCUAGUCAUCAUGGCACGUAGACGCUUGAUAGGGAGUCCAGGUGACACAGAUUCAAUGAGAAGAAGAAAACAGGCGAAAAUAAUCUGUCAUGUGUUUGAGAGUGAAGAGGCCCAGCUUAUUGCCCAGUCUAUUGGUCAAGCAUUCCAGGUGGCCUAUAUGGAAUUCCUGAAGGCCAAUGGAAUAGAAGAUCCAGGCCUAAUGAAGGAAAUAGACUACCAAGAGGUGCUCAACCAACAAGCAAUAUAUGGAGAGGAACUCACAAUGUUCUCUAACAAGGAAAAUCAAAAAGAGGUUAUUGUACCAAAGGUGAAAGGUGAACAACUGGGUGUGGUUAUCGUGGAGUCAGGGUGGGGUUCUAUGGUGCCCACCGUUGUUUUGGCCAAUAUGAACCCGACAGGCCCUGCAGCCCGGUGUGGUCAGUUGAAUAUAGGUGAUCAGAUUAUUUCUGUGAAUGGCAUAAGCCUGGUUGGCUUGCCUCUGUCCAGUUGUCAAACUAAUAUAAAGGGUACACGUCAUCAAACGGUUGUGAAAUUAACAGUUGUGCCAUGUCCGCCUGUUGUAGAAGUGUUAAUAAAGAGGCCAGAUGUCAAAUAUCAGCUGGGUUUCAGUGUUCAGAAUGGUGUGAUAUGUAGUUUACUGCGUGGAGGUAUAGCAGAACGUGGUGGGGUGCGUGUUGGACAUCGAAUUAUUGAGAUCAACAAUCAAAGUGUAGUAGCUGUUCCACAUGAAAAAAUUGUCUCAUUGCUGGCGAACUCUGUCGGAGAAAUACACAUGAAAACAAUGCCAACAUCAAUAUUCCGGCUGCUCACAGGACAGGAAACACCACACUAUUUAUAGUAGUAAUAACUGUGUAGAUAUAGUCCAGUGUAUCAUGAAGUCUGAGCUCACCUAACACGCUAAAUACAUCAUUGCCUUCCUCAAUGAGAACUCACCAAUACAUUAUACAGCAGAAAUCCAUAUUAGGACAUUGUUCAAAGAUCCUAUAAUACGACAUUUUUGAGAAUUCCAUGAGAGAAAAUUUCUGUAAGCCGCCUUCAUGGGACGGAAUGUUCUUCAGUUGAUGUGAUGUGACAUUCAGUUCAAUUCCCUGGAUCAUUGCUGUGACAUUCAGUACAAUUCCCUUGAUCAUUGAUGGGACAUUCAGUGUCCUUCUCUUGAUGUGACAUUAAGUAAAUUUCCCUCAAUGGAAUAUUCAGUUUGCCUUUUGUGUUGGAGCUCAUAUUGUAGCAUUUUAUGAUGCUUCCAUGGUGUGUGUAUUCUCUGUUAAAGGACAUGCUGUGAGUUCUACAUUAUAAUUGAGGCAUUCCGUAAGUUUUCCCUGAUGGGAGAGCUUCCUACUAUAGGGAAUGCAGUAUUUUUCUGUUGACAUGACACCCUGUGAAGUUUCAUACAAGGUAGCUUUGUUUAUUCAAACAAUAGCCUAGUGAUACAAGAAGUUGAUUGUGAAGAAUGGAGUACAGAAGACUGUCUCAUGUCACCGGCUGUUCAGAAAAAGCAGCAGACUUGAGUGAUUAUGUUUGUUAUAGAGAAAGUUAAUGGAUUUUGUUAUGUAUCAUCUGUUUGAAAUUUUGUUUUUUUGUUUUCAGUGAAUGAAGCGUUCACUCAGAUAUCCACAUUUAUAAUGAGUUGUAAUAUGGUUUAAGACCUGGGACAUGAUAUUUCCCUUCGUCUAAACACUGUCACAUGAUGUUCAGAGCAAUAGGUUGAAAUUUGAUUGGACCUAGUUAUGAAUGUCUCUUGAAAUUUAGGAGAGGCACCUGUCCUUGACUGAAUUUUGUACAUGAGAUCAGUGUUGAGGAUAAGAAGCAGAAAGAUACAAUGUUGACAAGGUCUUAACUUACAAUGAUAAAGUUAAGUAAAAUUUAGUCUGACAAGUAAAACUAAACAGCUCUAGUCAUACACACUGCCAAUGAUUUCAUUCUGUUUAUAUGCCAGUGAUAAUCAGUGUAUGUAAGAUGUCCGUACAGAAAAUACUGAGCUUACAUGGCUAACUUCUUUACAAAAAAAAAAAUAAGGAAAUGUUAUAUUUAUCAUAAAUCUCAAGGACAUUUAUGACUGAUUGUAUGUUAUAUAUAUAAUUGAUUGCUUGAUGCUUAAAGUGAAUAGUGGAUAUUUUAAUGUUUUGUAGAAUGAGAAAUACUGUAGUUAAUUUAGCAUUAAUCUACAUUCCAAAAUAAAAACAGCAAACUAUAGGAUCGGGUUUGUUUGAUGGAUGAGUGCCACAUAAUGUCAUAUCUUAUUUUGUAACAUGAUCAGAGCACUUCUAAUGUCAUUUAAUUUAUUGAUACUUUGAUUGAUAGGGAUUGUUGAAAAAGAUUUUCAAAAAAAAACAGGUAUUGUUUCAUUGAGGAGCAGGGCAUACACAUAUGAAUUAUACCUAAUUCAUUGUAAAAAUCCAAGACCCUGAUAUCUAUUUCAGAGGUCAAGGUCAUUCUUAGAGGACAAAGAUUUUAGGUCAUUUUUAGAGCAUCUUAAUUUUGAAAAAAAAGAAGUCCUCACUUGAUUGUCGGCAUUGAAAUUGGUUAAGAUUUUUGUUUAGGUGCAUUUUUCUAUAAAAAAUACAUAUAUAUAUAUAUAUUCUCAAGCAUUUACAAGGGGAAAUAUGUCAUACUACAUUGACAUUAUAGUUGUGUUGUAUAAAAAAGCAUAAUUUUUGUGCUAAUUCCUUUAUUACACAUAUUUUUUUGCAUAUUAUUGUGUCCUUUCUGUGACCUGUUGUCACAGUCUAUUGUAACAAAAAGUAUUAUAGACAAGAAAAGAUUUUCUGGGCGUUUAAGUGAGAAUAUGUAUUUCAUGAAAUACGUCCUUAAACAAGAAAUAUGAAAGUCAGGUUGAACUAUCUAGUCAUUUUACCUAAUGUAAAUAUUUAGGAUACUUUGGAAUCAAAUUUUUAUUUGAGCUUAAUCUGUGAUUUUUUCACUUUGAAAAGUGGGUGUGCUUAAGGAAUUAUCCAUUUUUUUGUAUGGGUAGAUAAAAUGCUAAUCUGUACAGGUAUGUGCUAAACUUACUGAAAAUGAAUUUUGAUUGACUUAAUAAGUUAUUUGAUUGUAAAAUUUACAAUUUAUUUGAGAUGUUUUUGGAGUGAACUGAGCUGAAUAAAUGUAUAGAUUGAUUGUGAUGUUGUAAAGGAAAUAUGUAAUCAGUCAUUUGAUGUGUCAGACUUCCUCUGAGUAUAUAAUCCUCCGUGUAAAUAACAGGUUUGUUUGAUAGUGCAGAACAUAAAGUUUCAUGCCAAGAUAUUAACUUUUAUUAGAUGUACUGUAGCUAUGUAUCUAAAACAAUUUACUCAAAUAUUACUGAAAAUGUAAUUCUAGAUCUUUUCGUAAAAAAAAACAAAUAACCAUAAUAUGGUAAAUAAUAAUUAUUUAUAUGUAUCCAUCCAUGUCUCAUAUCUCCUUUUGGGUAUUCAAUAAUCAGGAGAAGUUCCAUUAAUUUAGCAUUCUUGUAUAUGCCAGGGUGAAUGUUUUAACCCUCUUCAUGAUGGCACGAUUGAUUCUGCCUUUGCGACCAGUGUAGAUUAUGAUCAGCCUGCACAUCCGUGCUGCAGUCUGAUCAUGAACUGCACUGUCCGCCAUUCUGUUGGUAUCUUUUUGGUAAGCACCCCUUUUAACAGUCAAUGAUACUGUCCAAACUGAAAGAUGGACAAGUUCGUUAUAGAAAUUUAGCAGGGUGAAUGUUUUAAUGUUCUGGGAACAUUUUUCGUUGUAUAUUUCUGUAUGAGUUUUGUUGUGUGUUCCCAUAUUUACCAUGUGCAAUACGAAAGAGAAUGUCUGUUAAUUUUGACUGAAGUGGUUAAAGCAGAAUUAUGAGAUUAAGUUUCAUAUGAAAAUAAAACCUAAAAAGUAGAUCCCUCGGAAGCACCAAGAACAAGGCAAAGAGUGAAAAUUGCAGACUCUGUUUGAUUGAGCCAAGUUCAAGUUGAUGUUUUCAUGAAAAAUGUCAGAAUAUUUAAAUCAUUACUGACGUAAAAUCUUUGGGAUUCUUGCAUGAUUAACAGAAGUCUCUGUCACAAUUCUGCUUUUACUCUUUUAAGUCUAGUAAAUUUGCGAAGUUAAUAUAUCACUUGUGUUCUGUGUUAUAUGUGAUGUGGUUUACAGGAGUAUGUAAUGUAAUUAAUAUAUAUGAGAAUGUUCCUUUAAUUUUUAUGAGCAUUUAAAAUAGAUGGAAGUAUGAUAUUCAUGCUAACGCUAAUAUAUUACCAUAUACAUGUAUGAUUUAUGAUGAUUAUUUGUUCUGGAAUAUACGAAUGUAGUUUGUGCUUGAGAGGUUAGUGACUGUUCCUGUUCCUGUUUUGGAGAGUAAUAUAGUAAAGUCUAAAACAAUAGGAUGUCAUUUAUUAAUUUUCUUGAUUGUUUAACAAAACAUUUGUUAGUAAUCAACUGCAUAACUCUCUGACCUAUCUGUUAUUUUGUACUGCAGUAUUGUUUUAAAAAGAAAUCAGUUUUUCAUAAUAGCUUCAUAUGUAUAUGCUUAUUUGUUUUGAAAUUAUUUAACAAAUUAACUUGGGUACUUCUAUGUAUUAAUGCAACACCUUAAAUGUCUCUGAAGUUUUACUUGAGGUUAGCAUGAGUGAUAGGGAAAAAAAUGUUGCACAUUUAACUCUCAUCAUUUAAAGCUAAAAGUACAGAAAUAUUUACUUAGAAAAGUCGAGCAAUGAAAAGUAAGGGAUAGUUUUCAGGACUCAUUUGAAGCAUUUUAACAACAAGGUUUAUCAAGAUUUUAGUUCGGCUGAUUGAAGAAUAGUGAGAGCUAUUCUGCAUCUGUAUGAUGUAAACAGAUAUAGCUCUUCAGCAUUUGCUUACAGGGCAUUAUCAACAAUACUAGACACUUAUUAACACAACAUAUAAUACUGGCUCUGCAUGUGACAUCUUUAAACAAUAGAAAUAUCAGAAACUUGUAGGAGCCGUUAAUAUGCUGCUAGUUUUAAACUUCAUUUGUAAUUUCUCUAGAAUAUAAAGGUUGUAAUUCUGAGUACAAAAAGAAGAAAUUAUUAAUGUGGUAAACACCGCUUCCACAGUGUAAUUUUGUACUGUUAAUAUUAUUGAUUGUUACCCCAUGUAUAUGUGCUAGAAGAUAUAUGUGAAAGGCAUAAUUUUAAAAAUUCAGGCUUUACACAUUAAAUGUAUAUAUAAGCAAUAUUUAUUUUGUGGUUAUGUGUAUAAAUGUAUGCAUCUUGUAACUGUACGUUAUCUAGAGGAUAUAUCAGGUAUGAUGUAAGUUCAUGUAACAGAUAUAAACUUUCCAUUAGGAUGAUCUAUGUAUAUUCACUCCAUAUAUACCUUCAGUAUAAAUAUGCUUAUAAAAUGAUCAACACAGUAAGUUGAGGCUGUACACUUUUCUCACAUAAUACACUUGUUCAGUCAUUGUUAAGAAAUAUAAAAUGUUUCUUAAAAAAUUAUAGACCAGAUUUAGCAAAUUUCUCACUUGUACAAAAAGUAGGGGAUUUUUCCUUGUUUGCUUAGAAUUGAUCAGAUUUUGUUAGGUCUCGUGAAAGGAGAGGCAGGGUAAAAAAAUCAGAAAAUGUUUUUAAACAAAUUCUGUUGCCCUCUAUCUCUAAAUAAGCUUAAAUAUUAAACAGUACUUAUUCAGGCUUAGAGGAAACAUAAGAAUGCUAGGAAUGAAGUUUUCUAUAAAGAGCUGCUCUAUUUCCAGCAGGCAGGAGAUUGGGUUUCUCAGUCAAUAUAUUAGUCUGUAUCAGUAGCACUUAAGUGUAGCUUCCAAUUUACUGGCUGUUGUUCUUCAAAAUUAAGAUGCUUAGAUGUUAAGACUUCACAGGCCUUCCAGCAUUUUAAAGCUGGGUAGAACAUAAUUGAUCUACAUACUCUAUGUGAGAAUACUGACUGCUUCAGUGAGAUUUUAAUGUGUUUAUACAGUGUAAAUAACAGUAUGACCUGAUAGCAUUUUCCUGUGAAAAGCAUACUAUUUUGGGUCCUUUUAAAAAUGUGGCAGAAUGUCGGUAUAGAUUAAAGUACUAAAAUUGCCUAGAAUGCAUUGGGGGAAGAAGUAUUUCAUUGUCAAAUGCUGUCUUCAGGAGCUGGUGUAGGAAGUCAAGGAAUCUUCACACUGGCAGUAGUUCUUUGUAUCUCCUUGUCUUUGCAGGUUGUUUUGACAUUACCUCAGCAGAGAAAGUGUUUACAUGUGUACUUGUGUUACAUUAAAUGUGCUUAAAUGAUAUUGUUGAAUUUUGUGCCAGAUGCUAAAAUGCCUGGCUCGGCAUAAUCAUGGCAUCGUCCCCUAUACGGAAUUAAUACAAGUAUGCAAGUAUAUCCAUCUCGUCCCUAAACACCACCCUUAAUGGUUUCCGCAACUUAAAAGAUAUGAUUUAUAACAUUCAGAAGGAAUGAUACAUUUGCAUAUUUAUUAUGCCUCUUUAUGUAUUUUCAUUAAUCUGUAAUGAUAGUGGACGGUACCAGGAUUAUGCCCCUUCUCACACGUGCUUAUUUAACAGUAUUGUAUGUUACAUGUAAAAUUGAUACCAGUGGCGUAGCUUCCUUUAGGCACUGUAAACAUGUGCCUAUACUUUUUUCUCAAAAAAUAUAAAAAUGCAUUAAAACCGAAGGGUAAAGUGGGGUGGGGGCUGGAGGUAUAAGCUUAAAACAUCAUUGGGCAAAAUAAUAGGAGUCCAAGCUAAGAAAUAGCUCCAUUUAUGUUACUGUUAAUAUUACAGCAGUUAGGGGGUGCUGUCAUUGGUAUAUGCCCAGCAACUUGUAUAUAAAAUGAUUUAUCAAAUGAUCCAAUGAUUUCAAGGAAUUGCAGAAAACAUAAAAUGACUUGCUUUUAAUUUUUUCAGUUUUUUUCCCCCAAGGAGGCAUACCACAGAACCCACCUAGAAUAUAGGUGCCUACACAAUUUUUGCAAAGCUACACGCCUGUAUACAUGUUUUUGUUGUGCUCAUUGAAUCAUUUUUAUCAAUGAUCAUACUGGGAAGUUCCGAGUAUGUGGAAUUAAAAAGUACAUGUACUUCAUGUUUGUUCUAUGAAUGUUUCUCUGUACCAAAUUUUAUAGAGAUAAAAUGUUCCUUCCUUGUGAUGCUCAGCUUGCAAUGAAUCACAAACUCUAUGAAACAAGUAUAAUUCAUAAUAUUAUGGAUAUGUGGUAUUUAUUAAAAAGGUCAUGACCAGAUUUAUACAAAUUUUUUUUUUUUUUGUCAAUUAUAUUUUUCUCUGCAGCUAUGCCCCUUUAAAAAGUUCAUAACACAGUACAACCCACUUGCACAUUUUUACUCUGGAGAUGUGCCCCUUUAAAAAGUUCAUAACUUGGUACAACCCACUUGCGCAUUUUUACAUGAUGAUCAUAUUUGAAUGUAUUAUAUACUUGCAUAUUUGAAGAACUGUUUAAUAAAUGUUACAGAUUUUAUGAAAACAUUUUUUCCGUUACAAAUUGGGAAGAAAUGACAAUAAUAAAUCAUUCCACAUUCUGUUGAUGAGCAAUAGUGCAGUCAUGUAGUGUUUGUCCUUCUGUAUAUGCCAAAUGUGUGGAUCUGCAUCUGUGUAUAAGGAACUGCUAACAUAAAUUAUGACAUAUUGUUUACACUCUGCUUUAAAUGUCUUUCAUUUCCUGUGAAAUAAAAAGAAGGAAAUUAA